ACUCUGCAUUCCAUGACUUUUGGAGAUGGUGGGGCAUCAAAAAGCAAGCCACACGCCAGGGUGCUAUUAGCCACUCCUUGGCCUGUUAUCAGGCUUGAGCAAUCACAGUGCUCCGACUGCCCCACUCUCAACCUCAAUUACGUCACUGGGGAACACCGGGGGCAGCUUCCAGUAUCAAGAAGGCGACGAUUCAAGGCACCAUUGGAAAGAAAGACUGGACGGCCGGAAAGACGGAAUGGCUUUGAUGUUGUGGUCGUCAUAUUCCCCAUAAUGAAAUUUGAUAAAUCUCCUCUUUCCAGUGCUGCCAUCCCAUCUCAUCUCUCUAAUGAACUGAAUGCCCCUUUCCUUUUCUGCAUGUCCCACGCGCUCGCCUCCCGUCUUUCCUGAAGUACACGAUCAGGAGCACGGAUACCAUUAACCAUUCAACAUUAAACAACUCCAAAUCCCACGAUUGUGUUGUCUCGCCCAAAAUGUUGCGUGGUUUCCGACCAGCUGUUGGCCGAGCCCAAGCUCUGUCUACAACCCUUCGAGCACAUCCCAUCCGCCCCUCUCCCGCCUCCAAGAGCCUCCUCAAACAUUCCAGCACCUCGUCCAGACCACAAGUCACCACCCAACCGAGAUUGCUGCCCUACCUCAUCCGCACGCAAUAUUCCACCAAACCACCCGUGCAACCCACCCAGAUAGACAAGCAACACGAGCAAGAAAUCGCCCAACACAAGCUCGAAGCCCGACCAGACGAGGUCUCAACCACCUCAACCGUCCGCAAAUCCAUUGAAACUGCACAAUCCAAACCCGACGACGUAGACUUUGGCAAGGAACUGCGCGAUGACCUGCACACGGUCAAAGACACCUUCGCCCUCGGCUCCGUCCCCCGAGAACCCUAUCUCCUCGGCCUGGCCGGGACCUUGCCGUAUCUCGGCACCUCCCUCGCAACAGUUUACCUCUCUUGGAACCUCAACGCCAAAUUUCCCACCGACUCCAACUUUCUCAACAGCUUCAUGUUCACCAAUGAGGCUGCCUCCCAGUGGCUUCACUUUCUUGAGCCGAUUCAAGUCGGCUAUGGCGUGGCGCUCAUCUCCUUUUUAGGCGCCAUUCACUGGGGUCUUGAAUUUGCGGAAAAGAACUUCUCCCGUGAGAGAACGCGCCUGCGCUAUGCCAUCGGUGUCGCUGCGCCGCUGGUUGCAUGGCCCACUACGUUUUUCCCCAUUGAAUGGGCGUUGAUCACCCAAUUUCUGGCGUUUACAGGAUUGUACUUUGCGGAUGCGAGAGCGAUGGUGAGGGGGUGGGCGCCGAGUUGGUAUCAGACUUAUCGCUUUGUUUUGACGGCUAUAGUAGGGGGUUCGUUGCUGAUCAGUCUGGUGGCGAGGACGAAGAUUGGGGAGAGUCAUGCGAGAUUGUCGGGUGGGGAGUUGAAGGAUUUGUUGAGGGCUGAGGAUCGGAAGAAUGAGUAUCAUAAUUGGGAGAAGGAGGAGGAGAAGGAAAAGGCGAGGUUGAGGAAGGAGAAGGAGGAGAAGGAGAAGAAGGAAAAGGAGGAGGCGGAGAGGAAGAAGAAGGAGGAAGAGAAGAGUAAGGGGAAGAAGGGGGAUAAGAAGGAAGGUGAUAAGAAGGAGAAGAAGGAUGAUAAGAAGGACGAGAAGCAGGAGGAUAAGAAGAAGGAUCAGAAGGAAGAGGAUGAAAAGACCAAGAAGAGCGAUGAUAGCCCUGAGGAGCCAAGCAAGGAUCGUGCUGAGAGCAAGGAUGGCGGUGCCCAAGACAAAAAGAAGGAGCAGAUUGGUAGCCAGGAUGGCGGAAACAGGAAGAACAGCGAGAAGCACGACAGUUAAGGGGCCCCCGGAGAUGUAGUAAUGUCGUUACGGAUGAUGGGCUACUGAGGGUAAGGGGGUGGUAUUUCGGAUCAGGUUUCAUUUGUCUUGCAUGAAGGUUAUGGCGUCGAUAUUCCCAUGCUGUGCAGUAUAGAAUCAACGUGAAGUUAUCUCUCUACGCUCGGCAUGACUUCCUACCAUCCCGGCCAUAACCAGCC